AUGGUUACCCUCACUCACGCCCUUGCAACCUUCGCCACGGUGGCCACUGCCUAUGCUCUCCCCUCUAAGGCCAUUACGUCGCGCCAAAGCCACCCAGUUGACUUCGUUGCCGCCUGUGAAGGCUACCGCCCGGCCCCCGAUGAGUGGGGUGUCGUCGCAGCGGGCGGUGUCACCGUGGAAUGGUCUGGUAGCAACCUUGGGAACGGCGCUUCCGACCGGAUGGUCAUCAUGUUCGACUCCAACUGCAACAUGAUCGGAAGCGAUGAGUGGGUUCCUCGCAGCCCCGGCUUCUCGAAGCUUUUCCACAUCACGGCUGGCAAGUACGAAGGUGACGAGGUUGAGUUUAAGAACGGAUGGAUCGGCAUUCACAACGUCGGAGAGACUUCCGUCUACUGGAACGGCGAGCGGAUCGACUCUUGGUGUGAUGACAACCGCACCGGUAUGGAUGGCCUCAAUGCUGGCUACUGGAGGACCUGCAACUUCAGGACCCCUUGA